AUGCGAUUACCACCACUCUCUGUACUGAUCACAUGGCCAGCACCCAAUUACGUCGACCCUGUCACUCGCGGCAAUGCCUCUUCGAUCGUUAACGGGAUUUUCAUCGCACUGGUGCUUGUCGUGGUGACGCUCCGCUUUUACUGCCGGACAUCGACAGGAGCACUACGACUAGGAUGGGACGAUGUCAUGAUCUCGCUGGCUCUGUUAUUCACCCUCGGACUGGCAGCAGUCGUGAUGUUGGCCGAGAAGCUCUACGGCUGGGACAGGCAUGUUUGGGACAUCCCACCUGAUCGGAUUACCAACGCGAAUAUCAUCGCUCUGGUCGCGAAGAUCGUCUUCAGCUUGGCUGCUACCUUCACGAGACUAUCACUCUGCGCCUUCUACUACCGCCUGGUCAAAGACUCUGGCAUUCGUUGGUUCAAAACCGUAGUGCACCUUACCAAUGCAUUCACCAUUGCGGUUUGCGUAGCAUUUCUCUUCAUAUCGAUCUUUCAGUGCACACCUGUGAAGUUCUACUGGGAGUUCCCACCUACAACAGCUGGAACAUGCAUGAAUGAAGGAAAGGCCACGCUUGCGGCAGGCAUUAUCAACCUGUUCAACGACUUUCUGUGCGCAGUGAUACCAAUACCUUUGGUCAUGAAUCUACACAUGCCCUUAAAACAGCGAGUCGGCGUGUGUGUACUGUUUGGUCUCGGCUUCGUCGUCAUUGUGGCAGGCAGUGUCCGUACAUACUUUAUCUGCAAGUCCGUCAACAUUGUGGUCGUGAUUGAAAGCUAA